CAUCACACACACACAGACACUCCAGUCAAUAUAUUUUAUUGCCCAUCAAAAAAUCAAAAAAAUAAUUUGACGCUUCGUUUUCUAUUGUUGUCUCCAUACUUUUUCUCUCUCCCCCCCGCCAACGCUUUCGGGUUUGCGUGUGUGUGUGGGCGUUAAGUCGGCGGCGCAGUUGAAAAGAGAGAAUUCUCUCAAUUCUUUUAAGCUGAGUUCGUUCGUGGUGGUGGUUGUUGCCACAGACUCCCCAGGCCGCAUGCAUAUCGUAGCCCGCGCAACAGAGGAUCUGGCGAUACCGACGUGUCCGCCUUUUCGCAAGAGAUGGACGAGAUGCCCUCACGUUUCAGCUCCACAUCACCAGAUAGCACAGAUUCGCGCGAACAGAGCACAAGCACUGCCUCCACUGAGGAAGAUGAGAGCCCCUAUCGCCAGAGCCUUCGCCGCGAAAAACGCAUAUUGGCCUCAUCGCCGCUGUCCAUGGAAUAGCGUUUCCAUAAGCAGAUGCACAGAACCAAGAAGAGCACGAUCACCACGAAUUUGAAAAUGUUGUUGCUUUAUCUGUGACUUGUCCUGGUGCCAGUCAUCUUGGAGAUGGGCCCGCAAAUCGAGUUCCCAGUGCAAUGGAAGAAGGGGAAGAGUAUUUUCCACAUCGUCAAGCAUCGUUGCAUGGCCUUGACCUUUACCGUCAACACUUACCGGGUGCUGAUCGGCUCCUUCCUGGCAGCUAUCGUGCCGCUGUACAGCAUGCUCUGCAUGCCGCAUCCGAAUAGCUUUCUUCUCUGUGUUCCGAACGCCAAAGGCCACAUAAUUAAGGUACGCGACAACGUGGGCAUGUACUUCUUGGGCCUCUUGCCCUAUGUGGUCCGCCUGCAAUACGGAUUUUACGUGCUUGCCAAGGACACCUGGUUCGCCUACAACGAUCAAGUGCUGGCCACAGCCGAUACUUUCAACACCUGGCGCGUGCUCAUCUACUUGAAUCAGGUCAUCCAGCUCGUCUACUCAUUCGAGGGACUGCAGAGUUUCCUGCAGGCCCUCCGCACCUACAAGCUAGUCGCCGGAACAGACAACCAUCGCGUGGCUCAGCUGGAAGGGAACAUGUCAAAAUUCUGGUACAUCCCCAGCGUGAGCACCUUGGAUGUUUACCGUGCCUCCAAGGAACGUGCAUUUGGACCAAAUCCCCAUUAGCCACAAGCCCCCAAUCACAAGUCCUGCCAGCUGACCAAUCUGACCAACACAACCACUACGAAAGAUCGGUGCACAAUCAAUGGAUUCUUUGGCUUGGAAAACUAAGAAAAAAACAAAACAAAAAAAUAUCACUGGAACGAUGACAUUUAGAUAAUCCCACUUUCCGGUCGCUCCAGUUUGAAAUCCUUGUAAGCAAU